AUGUCAAACCAGACGAACGUCGGUUCGCCGUCCGAGCGACUCCGACUCGUGAACGGUGAGAGGAGCGUCAGCCGCGUCAACCGCGUCAACGCUGCUGGUGCCGCCACCGGCGCUGUCAGUGGCAACGCCGGCCGCGGGGCGAGGGGCGGCGGGAGGGGCAGCUGCGUGGGUGGUAGAAGUGUCUUUGAUUCUCCCUGCGGUGCCGGUGGUGGUAGGAAUAACAAUAAUACCGCGGAUAUCAUUGGCAACGGCGGCGUGCUCGUUGUUACCGGCGGCGUCAUCGGUGGCGCCGCGGACGGUCCCCGCGACGUGACGUUGUCCGACGCCUCCCGCGCCCGCGACGGCCGCGACACGACGCCAGUGAAUUUCUGCCGUGAGACAACAGUACCGCGUACCUGCGGCGGCAACUGUCGUUGCUGCAUUUACGCCGUCGACGCGUUAUUAACCUCGGUGACAGGCGCGACGACGACGUGCCUGGCUAAUGGUGGCGGGAACGACUUCGCCGACGACGACGACGACGGCAACGACGACGACGUCGCCGCAACGUCGAUCAACUGUCCCGAGAUCACGUUGAACAGUACUGGAACCGGGACGACGACAACGACGCCGCUCCUGGACGCCGGUAGCGUCGACGCGAGAACAAUCGGCAGAAGUAGGAGCGGGAACAGCCGCCACUCUACAAACGCCGCCGCUCUCGUCAUUGUUGACGUCGCGCCGUCGUUCCACAACGACGUCGACGACUACGAGGAUAACGACGACGACGACGACGAGGACGACGACGACAACGAGGACGACGACGACGACGACGAAGACGAGGACCGUCGCCGCUACCACGACCGCGGCAAGAUGGUCGCGGCGAUGAACGAGCACCUGUCCAACGCUACGACGACGACGACAUCAUCCCCGCCGGCGGUGGCGAACGCCAUCCGCAACACCGUCGCGAUGUCAUCAUCAUCGUCGUCGUCCUCAUCGUCCUCAUCAUCGCUGUCGUCGUCGUCGUCGUCGUCCUUGGUAUCGUCGGCUAUGAUGACAGCGACUACCACGAACGCCGGCAGCAAUCCUUCCGCCACGAUGAUGACGAUGAGCAGUGUCGGGAGCGGUGCGAACGGUAACAAUAACAACGCCGCCGGCGGCGGCGGCGGUGGUGGCGGUGGCUGCACCAGCGCACGCAAUCAGGAGUUCCAGGAGAUGGACGGCGACGGCAAGAGCACCAGCAGCAACACCACUGCCGCCGGUAUCCACAGUUUUCCAUGUGACUUCGAUCAUAUGUAUGCCAGCAUGACCGACGGUGCUGCGCCGGCUGCCGCCGCGGCCACCGCUCUCGGCGUAAGUCCGCUGCGCGGCAACGAGCCUCGUCACAAUGAUCUCACUGAGGUCAAACACCUCAAGGAGCUGCUACUGCUCCACCUCGACCUCAUCCAACAGCAGUCCGAGCAGAUCGUCACCAAGGACAAGCUCCUCGCCGCGCUGCGUCAGGAAAACGAGACGCUGAAACUGCGCUUGGAGCGUAUGGAAAGGCGUGUAAACCUUCAGAAACUGAGAUCCGAAUGUAGCGAGAAUUCUACCGGUUCCGAACAUUUAGGCGCCUGCUCGCCCACCAGUGUCAAUUCAGUGAAUGUACCUUCGACCAGCGAACUGCAUAGAAAUGUUCAGUGCGAGAGUAGCAACAAUAGCAACGUCUUGCACGAGAGUUUUAAAAUACGUUUAAACACUAGUGGCGGUAUCACCACUGUUAAACAGGAGCCACACGAGAAUCAAAUUAAAUUGGAAAUCAAACAAGAGCCUAAUAACGAGGCGAGGUUUGAAUGGGAAGAGAAAAAGAAGAGACGAUCCGAUCCGACUCCCCUGUCUACAGGCAGUAAAAAGAAAAGGGGUCUCUCUUGUUCGUCAACUAUCAGUAACGACGGAGUGCAAGAAAAGAUACUAGGUCAGACGGUUCAUGAAACAUCCAGUAGAAAAAGCGACAGGAAGGCGAAAUCUCUUGUGAAAAAGGAAUCCUUUCUUACGACAGAGGAACAUUAUUAUACAGCUGUAGGAGAUCUAACUUAUACAUUAAAUAUGAAACAGUCUAAUCCAGUAGAACCAAGUAAUACGUUAGAAGUUCCAAAUUGGAGAGUAAAGGUGUAUACGAGUUGCUACACAAUGGAGGGAACCGAGAAUUUGGACGAUGAAAUUUUUAAUAAGAGACAUUUGAAAUUAGAGAACGAUGAAAGGAGGCGAAAGCGAUGGGAUGUACAAAGGAUAAGGGAACAAAGGCAUAUAGAGAAGUUGAAGCAACGGCAGGAACGUCAAAAUCAUCAAGCUACGUGUUACAAUACAAAUCAUACUGGUCCUUGUCCAUCGUCCAUGGAAGAGGAAACCAUAACUUCCUUGUGGCCUGAUAUAGAACAAAUUCAAAGUCUUCAAGUAGAUCAUCAUUUGCCAGUAACUGCAUUUGGCGUUCCUAUUCCUACUUUUCCUCCAUGUGAAUUUUCUUUACCCUGGUCGAAUAUAACGCGAAUAAAGUGUCGACGUCCUAAACGGUCAACAAGUAGAAGAAAAUCUAUAGGUAGAAGAAAAGUUUAAGAGAUAUAAUUUUUAUAAAAUUGGACAGAACUGAUUUUAUUGAUACCGUCAGUUUUAAACUCUUGAAAAUACUACUGCUCCCUCUCACGCCAUAAUUGAAACAGCGUUUUGUUGUAAAAUAGGGGCACCAAAGAUAUUUUUAUUGACUUUUUAAAC